UGAAACCGUCAACUAUUGAUAGCACUGACGUGCAUAACACGUCCCCAUUUCUUUGUCUCCACUAGAUUGGAGCAGCGAAGGAAGGGAAGAAGGCUUGACGUAGUUGUGGUUUUCCUUCCAGAGAAGAGAGCAGAAGCAGGAAGAAGAAGAGAUCGAAGUAGGCAUCUCGAUCGCCAUGUACACUCACGGGAAGCAUGCCAAGACGGAGUCGGAGACGUCGAGCAUCUCGCUGUCGUCCCCUCCUCCCUCCCCUCCCCGGCCCGCCUACUACGUCCAGAGCCCACUGGAAUACGGCGACAGGGCGACGGCCACAUCGUACCACUCCACACCGGCGCGCCCCCCGACCCGCAACCACCAUUCCCGGGAUUCCUUCACCGCCCGCCUCUCGUCGACGCCCGGCACCAGGAAGGUCUCCCUCAACUACGGCGUGACGGGCGCUGAUCGCCACCGGGACGACAUGCCAUGGCGGGACACCGCGGCGAUCGAGGAGGAAAGCCUGCUCCGAGACGGCGAGCAAGAAGAGAAGCGCCUUCCCCGUAGAUUCUACGUCCUCGCGUUCGUCGCGGUGUUCCUCGUCCUCUUCUUCCUCUUCGCGCUGGUCCUGUGGGGCGCCAGUCGCCACCAGAGCCCGCAGGUCACCAUGAACAGCAUCACGUUCGAGGAUUUCUACGUCCAAGCCGGCACCGAUUCCUCCCUCGUGCCCACCGAUCUGCUGACUCUGAACUCGACGGUGAAGCUCACCUACCGCAACACCGGGAGCUUCUUCGGCGUGCACGUGACCUCGACGCCGGUGCUGCUCGACUACUACCAGCUCGCGAUCGCCAGCGGCAGCAUAGAUUACUUCUACCAAUCCCGGAAGAGUCAGAGGAACCUCCAUGUGGCGGUGAUGAGCAGCAAGCUCCCACUCUACGGCGGCGGGUCAGGUCUCAGCGGCCGGCCAAAUGGUCAACCAGUGAACCUGACCCUCAGCGUCACCGUCAGGUCAAGGGCAUACGUGCUGGGAAAACUGGUGAAGCCCAAGUUCUACAGCCAUGUCCGGUGUGCUAUUGUGAUGGACCAGACCAGGUUGGACACGCCUGUGUCUCUCAAGAACUCAUGCCAGUACAGUUGAAAGCACACAGCUAGCUCGAGAUAAAUGUGUAUUGGAGGAAGAGUUCACAUAGAGGAGGAAGAAGAAGGAUUGGAUUCACUCUCUUUUGUUCUUACAUGGGUUAUAGAUCUUUGAAUACAUUUUGUAUACGGUUCUGUGGUCUUCUUCUAAUAAAGAAAGCUUUUUUUCUGAAACAAAAAUGUCAGCUAUAUGU